UACGCCCCCAGUUUCUCUUGCUGGAUUGUUUUGUUUCUUCUUCUUUUUGUUUCUCUUCUCCUUCGUCUUCUGUUAAUUUUUGGUGGGACAGACAAGACAUGGCUGACAGACAUCGCAAUCCAUAUCACUACUACCACUCACUACCCACCAAGAUGGCCUUGGGCCAGUUGGAAAUUGAGUGGGAGAUUGAGUGGGAGAUUGAGAUGAAGACGGCGAACAGAAAUGAAUAAAUAUCUAACAUACUGAGUAUCUAGGUGUUUCUGAUAGGGGAUUGUUUCUCAUUUUGCAGCAGAAAAUGAGAGCUUACUGCUGCUCAGUAACUACUUGUGCAACCCAACCGUGAAACUAAUAUUUGUACAUGUACAUACAAAAUAGAGCUGACAUGACAGGACCGCUAUUUGAACCGACCAGGAUUGAACAGGAGAUCCUAUUGUGGAGAGAGAAAGGGAUUUUUAUUAUUCCCUUCAACAACUAUGUUAUUGAACAAUAAAAUAUUAUAAUAAUGGCUCCCGACUAACAAAGCCGCGGGUCCAGUGACUUCGUCGUCCUUGGGGCCAGCCGCAGUCCGUCCAGUCCGUCUUCUUCUUCUCUUCGACAUCAUCCAGACAGACAAUCAAUCAAUCAAUCAAUCAACAACCACCACCACCACCACCACCACAGCAGCAGCAGCAGCAGCAGCAGCAGCAACGUCUUCGUCUUCUUUUAUAUUAUCUCUUCUUCUUCCUCUUCCUCCUCUGACGAUAAUCCUCUCCGCCAACUAUUGUGACGGAGCAAAUAAUCGACAUAAAAUUUUAAACCCUCCCCCCCUCUCAACCUCCUCCUCCUCGUCGAACUUUCAACCCAGAUCGAUUUACAAUACUCGAUUUAUUCUCCGGUUCUUUCGAUUACCACCAACCUUUCAUCUCCCCCCUUUCAGUCCUUAUCUAUAAAAGAGAAUACUUUUUUUCUAAGUCGCCAAAGAUGGAUUACCAGUCAGGUAGCCGUGGAUGCUUCAAUUGUGGCGAGGCCUCUCAUCAGGCUCGUGAUUGCCCCAAGAAGGGAACUCCUACCUGCUACAACUGUGGUGGACAGGGACACGUCAGCCGUGAAUGUACUGCUGCCCCCAAGGAAAAAACCUGCUACCGAUGCGGCCAGACCGGACACAUCUCCCGUGACUGCACAUCUGCCGGAUCCGGAGACAACUACACUAGCGGUGGUUACUCUGGCGGAGGAGCUGCUGGCGGCCAGGAAUGCUACAAGUGCGGCCAAGUCGGACACAUCGCCCGUAACUGCUCACAGAGCGGAGGUUACGGAUCCGCUGGUUAUGGCGGUGCUGGUGGUUACGGCGGUGGCUAUGGCGGCGGCCGCCAGCAGACUUGCUAUUCGUGCGGCGGCUACGGUCAUAUGGCUCGCGACUGCACUCAGGGUCAAAAGUGCUACAACUGCGGCGAAGUUGGCCAUGUCUCUCGAGACUGCCCCACUGAGGCCAAGGGUGAGCGCGUUUGCUACAAGUGCAAACAAACCGGCCACGUCCAGGCAGCCUGCCCCAACUAAGUACGGCAGAGAAAAGGGCGUUUAUUGGGGCCGUCGUGAGAGAGAAGAUCGAGGAGAAACUGGGUUUCCUUUUCCUUUUUUUCCUUUCUUUUUCCUUCCAGCCAAGCGUGCGGGCAUUCAUAGUUAUUUAUUUUUUGUUGCCCCCCACCACCACAUGGCCCAUUUGGAAGGAUAGCCUGGUCAUGACUCGGACAUGAGAAAAAAAAUAAAUUUUUUCUUCUUUAUUUGGGCCCCCUCCCCCUUUCUUGUUUUUUUCCUCUUUUUUCUCCUUUUUCCGUCGUUUUUCUUAUACUUUAAAUCAUCAUGAGAUUAUGCCUCUUUUUGUUUUUCCUGUCUUUCUUAUGCUACUAUUACCGCUACUACGUCACACAUGGAAAGAAAAACAAUCCCUUUUUUGAAACAAAAAUGAACACCCCCCAUACUCACCCUCCUAUGCACACGCACAUCAUACACAUACAUACAUACACCCUGGCCUGGAUUUGGUUAUGUCAAGGAAAUCAAGGAAAUUACUGAUAGGCAAAGGAGAAACGAAGGGAAAGAAAAUAGGGCAAAAAAAAAAAAAAAAAAAAAAAAAAAAGAAGGAAGGAAAAAAGAUAUUCAAACGCUCUGAGGAUGGUUUUGCGUUUUGCUCUUUUGGUUUU